AAAAAAACAAAAACAAAAACAAAAGGUAGUAAGAGAAAAUAGGAAAGAAAAAGUUUGAAAUCAUCUCUUACCAACUAGUCCCAGAUCCAAAGUUGCAGACUUUUCAACAAUUUUAAAGUAAUUUUACUCACAAACACAAAGAAAAGAUUAGAAGACUAAUAUCCCUAUAGUUUUCUUAAAAUGGCCAUUAUAAAAUUUCAAUUAAAUAGAGGAAACAGAGGAAAAUCACCAGACCAGAGUUUUUCUUCUCUGGCUGCUUAUGUGGCCUCUCUCUCUCUCUUUAAAAGAAGGUAGAGCUACCAAAAUUCUCAGAACCAAGGUAAUAGGCUUUUUUUGUUUGUUGCUGAAGCUGUUCUUCAUCGUCAGUGAUACAAAGCAAUCAUGCUAACUUGUUUGUGGCUUCUUGCAACAUCCUAGCCAUCAAUAUAUGUAAGGGAAUGUUGGAGAAAUGGGGAAGAAAGGAAGUUUGUUUUCUGCAAUCAAAAGGGCUUUUAGUCCACAUUCCAAAGAGAAGCUCGGCUAUGAGGAAGCAGAGAGAAAGAAUGGGAAAGAAAAGAAGAAGAAAGGGUUUGGGAAGCUAAAGCGUGGAGAGAGCAGUUCAUUUCUUCCCAUCUUCAGAGAGCCCAGUAGUAUUGAAAAGAUUUUGGCAGAAGCUGAGAGAGAUCACAAUCUUGUUUUCAGACCUCCUACUCAUGAUCGAUCAAAUCCACCUUCAGCCUCUCCUUCUCCUCCUCUGAGGCCUGCUUCUCCACAGUCUCCUCCUCCUAGGGAUGACUUUCCAAGAUUGGAUUCUUCAAUAUUGCUUUCGCUGAAGUCCCCUGAUGGAUCAAAGCCAUCAUCAGCCUCUUCCAGUACUCCUCUGAAGCCUGUAGUUCCUUCUCCAAGACAAACUUCACCAAGAGUUGUCUCUCCACGAGCUGAUGACCAUAUAAAGCCUCCUUCUCCAAGCCCAACUUCACCAAGAGUUUCAUCCCCACAGGCCUUCCCUCCAAAGCCGCUUACUCCAAGAGCAGACCCACUAAGAUUGGAAUCUCCAAGACUACCUUCACCAGAGCCUCCUCCAAGACCAGAACCAUCAACCUUAGAUACUCCGAGACCCACUACGCCUAAGCCACCGUCAACAAGAGCAGAACUGCGAGGGGAGACUGUUUCUAGACCAGAGCCAACUCUCUUGGUCCAACAUGCUUCUGCAACAAAGAUUCAAGCAGCUUUCAGAGGUUACACGGCAAGGAGGAGUUUCAGAGCUCUCAAAGGUUUAGUCAGGCUUCAAGGGGUGGUGAAAGGAUACAGCGUGAAGCGGCAGACAGUAAAUGCAAUGAAGUACAUGCAGAAACUGGUCCGUGUCCAAUCAAAAAUUCAGUCACACCGCACAAAAAUAUCUGAAAACCAAACACAAGUUGAGAAAGACAAAGCAAAACGGUCUGCAUCUGAAGCUGGUAAUGAUCAUUGGGACGAUAGUGUGCUGACAAAAGAAGAAAGGGAUGCGAGAUCACAGAGGAAAACUGAUGCAAUCAUCAAGAGGGAAAGAUCCAUGGCCUAUGCAUACUCUCACAAGGUAACACCCAAGUCUGCUCAGGACGUUGGAACUUCAGGUGGGCUCUCUCUAUGGUGGAACUGGGGGGAUCAACAGCUUCCUCUUGCUAGCCAUUACAGGCUAACACCAACAAGACUAAGCCCAAGCCCUCUGUCUCAGUCAAGCAACCAACACCAUUUCAAGCUUGACAACUUUGACAGUUCCACACCCAAAUCAUCGAGGUCUACACGAUCCAGACCCUUCCACACAUCAAGAUAUUCAAGAGGAAGACUAAGAGAUUCUCCUUUCAAGGAUGAUGACAGCCUCACAAGCUGCCCUCCAUUCCCAAGCUACAUGGCUCCAACUGUCUCUGCCAAGGCCAAAGUUAGACCAAACAGCAACCCAAAAGAGAGAGUGAUGGGUACACCAUCAUCGGUCAGCAGCGAGAAGAGGAGAGUGUCGUAUCCACCAGCGCAACAAGGUAAAGAUAUGUUUAGAUGGAACAAAGGAUCAUUGCUCAUGAGCAACAGAGGUCCUGGUUCACCUGUAAGUGUGGUUCUUGAGAAGCACAAGACAGUUAAAUCGGUAGGACAUUUGAGCAUUGAUUCUACAGUUGGUAGGAAACCGUUUAACAAAUAUGUGUGAUCUCUUUUUGAUGAAACAUGUUCUUUUUUAUGUUACCUUUGUUUCAUUUGUGGGUGGUGUUGAUUUUGAGUGCUACUGUAAUGACAGAGGAUUUGUUUUGAAGUAGAACUUUUGACCA